GAGGCGAGACGCACGCCCCCACUCGGCGAACAAACGUAAACAAAACAUGACCGCGAGUUUAUGAUAUGAAAACAAAUCGAAUGCAUAAAUUUAUUUCCUAUUUUCAUGUAUUCAGUUUUUUUUAAUUAAAGUUUAAUAGUGUUUAAUAUCUUGACAUCGGUGGUUAUCGAGAGUUUAAUACGUGUCUUUUUAGUGCCAUUUUUAAAGUGAUAUAUAAUAAAUAGGGCUAUAGCGCAAAAUUAUCAGUACAAAUAGUUUCAAAAUUUUCACGCCUCUGCCUUUAAGAUUUUUAGCUUGAAUUUUAAAAACGCGCUAGUUAGACUAGGCUAAGUAAGAAUAUUUCCGAUAUUUCUUAAAUAAUAUUUUUAUAUUUCAAAAAGUUUCGUCGAUAUGUCUCUACUUGUUGGAGAAACGACUACUGCCCUGUUGACAGAUCCAAUAUUAAGUUUAUAUAAAUCGCCUCUAUCAGGAUGUGCGUUUUUGACGUAUUUCAAUCCAGAAAGUGCUUCAAAUGCGCAAUCGGCGCUUCACGAGAAAAGGACACUGCCAGGGAUGAAUCGAGCGAUACAAGUGAAGCCGGCGGAUAGUGAAAAUCGAGGAGAUCGAAAACUGUUCGUUGGGAUGCUCAGCAAACAGCAGACUGAAGAGGAUGUCCGCCAGCUAUUCACGCCGUUUGGUACUAUAGAAGAAUGCUCGAUACUACGCGGCCCCGACGGUGCGAGUAAAGGGUGCGCGUUUGUCAAGUUCAGCUCGCACCAGGAGGCGCAGGCAGCCAUCACGAGUCUCCACGGCAGCCAGACUAUGCCGGGUGCAUCUUCAAGUCUGGUAGUGAAGUUCGCGGACACCGAGAAGGAACGACAGCUCCGACGUAUGCAACAGAUGGCAGGCAACAUGGGCCUCUUGAAUCCGUUCGUCUUCAACCAGUUCGGGACAUACAACACUUACGCACAAGUCAUCACUGAACAGCAACAAGCAGCGCUGAUGGUGGCCGCGACGGCUCAAGGCUACAUCAACCCUAUGUCUGCGAUCGCAUCACACGCCCUCAACGGAAUGACUAACUCUGUUGUACCGCCAACAUCCGAUAACUUUUCUGGUCUGGCGAUAGGCACCGGUCAGCCUCUCAAUGGUGCUCUACCAUCUCUGCCGUCUCCUACUAUGCCGGGCUUCAACAUGGCUGCUCAGACUCCCAAUGGACAACCACAGCCCCAAGAAGCGGUCUACACUAAUGGCAUUCACCAAACAUUCACCGGACCCGUGCAGGUAACUCAAGGUCUACCCAACGGCGAGGCCGCAGCCCUGCAGCACGCGUACGGAGGGGGAAUGCAGCCCUUCCCUGGCGUAGCUUACCCAGCGGUAUAUGGGCAGUUCCCACAGCCCAUUCCACCACCGUUGUCCACCAUUGCACCGGCCCAGCGAGAAGAAUUUCUGAUGUUCCCAGGCUGCUCCAUUUCCGGCCCUGAGGGCUGUAACCUCUUCAUUUACCACCUGCCCCAGGAAUUUGGAGAUGCCGAGCUCAUGCAGAUGUUUCUUCCCUUCGGCAACGUGAUCAGCAGCAAAGUCUUUAUCGAUCGUGCCACUAACCAAAGCAAGUGUUUCGGUUUCGUGUCGUUCGAUAACCCGGCGUCGGCGCAAGCUGCGAUCCAAGCCAUGAACGGCUUCCAGAUCGGCAUGAAGCGACUGAAGGUCCAGCUCAAACGGCCGAAGGACGCCAAUCGGCCCUAUUAACACGUAACGCCGUCCCCGCGCGUCCACGACGUGCCACUGGAGGCGUUUGGUUACCCCGCACCGUCCGCGGCGCGUUCGUUCGCGUAUUAUCAAUUUAAUUAAAGGAAUUUAACACAUUUUAUUAUAUAGAGAAUAUCACUUCGUACACGUUACGUGCCAGCCCAAAUGGCUAGAGUAUACUAAAUUAGUUAAAAGUAAUUUAUUCAAUCAGCUCUUAGGGACGCUUCAUUCUUAUCAUUAACGAUUAAAUAUUAUAAUAUUCUAUUAUAUGAUCAUAUAUUAUACAAUUUAUUAAACUUUUAAUUAAAUUAUUAUUAUUAUUAUUAUUAAAAUGACACGUUUACUAUUAAAAAAAAAACAUUGUCAUUCGUAUUCAAAAAAUCGUAACUUCUAGGUCCUUAAAAUUUUGAAUGUAAAAAGUAUUGAACUAGUUGUUUGCUUGGACAAAGCCAAAGUGAAUUUAUUAAGUAAGUCAAGAAAAUCUUAAGAAAAUUUAAUAAUAUAUAUUAAAAUGUAUUUUAAAUGUUCGUUUUUAUAAAAUAAAAAAACAGCGUGGGCCACAGAUGAUCUUUUAGACAGCACGUUUUCAAAUGUUAAAUUUCUCGUUCAUAACAAUCAUUUAAUUUUCGGCUUAAGCUUAAUUUGAUUUAACGUUAAGUAUUCACAUAAUAAGUAUAGCAUUGAGUUAUCCCUUUGCACUUGAGUGGUUUUACGUUUAAACUAUGGAAGGUAGAGGUAAGGAGAACCGUCUCAUAUGGGCGAAGCUUGAAAAAGUGUCCCACUUUCAGUACUACAUAACAGUUCAAAAAUCCUCCAGAAUGGCGCUAGCAUAGGCACAGGGUAUGAUGUGAAUUGAGCAGUUCUUUACUGAUUGAAGUAUGCUGAGUUAAGAAAUUUAAUAUAUUUAAUGACCAGAGUUAGUGACAGUGUAAUAUACAAGACCUCACAUGUUUACGAAGUCCAAACUAAUUGCGUCAAUAUAACCUAAAAUUAUUGCUGUGGUAAAACCUGGACACAUCGAUUGCAUUUUCUUAUCAGCUUUAAAUAAAAUACUUUUUGUGGUUUUGCAGUGCUUACAGUUCUUUCGUCCUUUUUUAUUUCUCUAUCUUAUUCUAAUAACUUACAGCGCCUUUUUUUUUAAUUUACCCGGUUGCUACUAUAGCGCCAACCUUAUUUAGCAGAUUUUAAUGGACACUUUUCACACACAAAGACGGUUCUCCUUACCUCUACCCUUCACGGUUUAAACGAAGCGAUAUUAUUAUGCUUCGGCAAGGACGGUACUCAAAGAAGCCAAACUUAACUAAAACAUCUUGAUUGACUUAAUACGUCAAACUGGUGUAAUGACUUUGACAAUCCUCUCGAUGGCAAAGGGCUAUUAUAUCAUAAAGCCGAUACAUUUAAUUAUCUGAUGAUCUGACGUGGCCCAACGCAUUACGAACGCUGUUGUCUCCCAAACUCUACGCAAUAUUACUGUUGUUAAAGAUUAUUUGGCUGUCAAAGAUGGAUAAGCUUCCAGCGCGCCUGGCGGUAAGUGGCUAUCCGCGCCCACCGACAAUGCCAGAGAUGCUGUCUAGCGUAAAAAACCUUACUUCACUUGGAUUGUAUCAUUAUAAACUUAUGUAGUUAAUUUGUAUAUUAUCUUUUGUUAAAGGAUUGAGAUCUAUAUCUGUAUUUGGCAUUGUUUAACAUAGAUAUGUGUCCUUCGAUCGAAACAAGAUCAACUAAAUAAAAUGAAAAUGUCGCCAAUUCAAUUUUUAUCACUUACAUAAAUGUAUCCAAUGAUAAACAAGUAGUGUUCAGCAUUUAACAAUAUACGUAUCUAGAAGACCGUAAAAAUCGAAUCUACGUAUUAAAGUUACCGUAUAAAUUCUACUAAGAUACGUAUUUAAUAUAAUAAAUACCGACUUUUAUUGGUAUUUAUUACGAACGCUAAUGAUCCAAAACCAGAAACCGUCACAGCAACGCCUUAAUUACCAUCGAAUAUUAAAUAAUAAUCUUCUAAAUGCGGCCCUGUUUCCCACAUACAUACGAGUAUAUCUAGGAGGUUGCAUCUCACACUAUCGUUAAUGCUACAUUACUUCAAAGCAAUGAAUUCUUGAGCUGACUUCGUUUAAUUAAAGGUUAAAUGCACACUUACCGUAUCGUAACGCAAAGUUCAUAGAUUUAUAAGAAUUUAUUGUAUAGCGACCAACGCAUUGAGGGAGCCAACAGUGCUACGUGCGAACUAAAAAUACAUAAUAGCGUAAUUUCUAUACAAAAUGUACCAAUGUAAUAAUAAAUUGUAACAUACUCGUACUUACAUACGUUAAGGUAAGAUGAGCGCGCUUGCCGGUGUAAACCACGCGAAAGCGCUUGAUUUAGUUGCGACUUACAAUUUACAUGAUUUACAGGAAUUCGAAAGCGCGUAAUAGAAAUUCAUUCAUUUAUUCUAUUCUGACAAUUUUUCUCGUAAAAAACAAAACUAAUAUUUACAUCUUACAAUUCACUAAUAACUUUGUUCAAAUAGAUUUGGAAAUUUCCUUUAAAUGAUUCGUCUAGAUUGGAAUGCAUGCGAUCAUCGAAACAGCUAACUUUUAUGUUGAUUUUAAAUAGAAAACAGCCGAUAGUCGCAAUGAAUCAAUCGCUACGUCGUGCGGCGCGCGACUUUCAUCGCAGCGUGUUGUACUCACUGACGUUGAUCUAUAUUAGUUAAAUAUUUCACUCUUCAUAACAGUAUAGAAUUUUAUAUUUACACGUAUAAUUAUCAUAUUAUAAUUAUCUAGUGUUCUAGUUUUAGGCGUUAUUGUUUCACUUGAGGCAUUUGUAAAAUUGAUACGAAAAAAAAAAAACGAUCGUUUUAAAUAUUUCUAUUUUCUUCUAUAAGUCUCACGUUUGUGCAAUAAUUGUUACGCUUUUUGAAAAUUGUUUUAGCGUCGUUCUUUUUUUAUUUAUUUGUUCGAUAUGCCUAAUUUAUUGAGGUAGUCUUUUUACGUUACCAUUUUAGAUUAAUUCGUCUAAGUGGUCUCGGUUUGUUAACGAUCGCGGAGCCGGACUUUAAACGCACAAAAAAAAAUAUGUCAGAAGGGAACGCUUGUCAGCUGUCAAAAUGAGAUCUUUCCCGCCUUUCUUGUUUAUGAUGAAUUACUGUAGGAUCUGCUUCUUUUGAGUAUAUUGCACGCGAUUAUAUUAUGGACCGUGCUCGUGUCGACAGGAUGGCGAGCGGAGGGUAGCACCACACUAUAAGCCGCGCCCUCACCUACUUAGGUUACGAAUAAAUCGAUGCCAAACCGGAACAUGUAUACUAAGUAUGUCUACUAACAAAAAUAUCAUCUCGUGGAUAAUGUAGGACUGUCACGCCGGGAUCGCCCGGUUCCAGGGCGCCUCGUGCCCGGACUGUCACGACGGUGAACUUAGAACUUUAUACUGAUAAAAAAAAAUUAAAUUCCCUUAAAGCCGCUUUCAAACUACGCUAUAAUAUAAUAACAUCUAAUAUACAGCUCAUAGCCCAACAAUAUCUCACACCAUACAUUGUUAUGGACACGUUCACACUGUUCUGUUCUAUAUAUUAUUGGCUAAGUAUACGCUGCUAUACUAUAUGGCACUCUAGUAUAACGUAGUCCGAAAGCAGCUUAAAGGUAUAUUGCGAUGAUGCGAACGUUUGUAAUAGAUUAAUGAGUCCUCUGAAUGGAAAAAACAAUUACCCAUAAAGUGAUUUUAGGAUACAGGGUAUGCUUUGCAAUUAUUUAAAUGUAUCUUAAUGUUUUCACGUAGACAGGCAUUGCCGUACUGUCUGACGUAGGCUGCACGUGGAGCUCCGCCAGAGCUGCCGACAGCCGUCUCCCAGGACUUUCAUACUCUAUGUCGUAACGAAAGUAGCAUAACCGGACUCAUCCUCAUCACACGGCGACAACAUUCGCGAAUGGACGGAACCAUCGCUUAGCUCACACUUACGUUCGCAACUGUCCCGCACUACCCGGUUCCGGAGCUCAGACCCUCACCAGUCAUCUCGGCAUCACCGCGGGCAGGUCGGAGCCGCGGCGUCCCGACUCUGUAGGGAACCAACGUUCGCGGAAACUUUACGCGGACAACUCGAAAGUUUUCUUCUAUUUUAGGAUAUCGUGGUAGGGGACGCUGCGGUGACUCGUCCAAUCGAUCGCUCGCGAACUGAAAUCGAUUUAAUUAAAUUCUUAGUGUUAAAAAUACGAAUUUCUUAAACUAUUUAAAACUUCUGAAAUUUUAUAAUGUAUUUAUAUAGUGUGCAUACUCAAAAUUUUAGGUAGAGUUCGCGUAGAAGUGAAGCAAUGCACUCGAGGAUGUUCAAUCGUGUGAAACGAUCGAAUCCAAGCCAAACUCUUAGGCGAUUGUAGGUAGUUAGUUCGUCAGCCGGUGUGUGGCGCCACUAGCGCCGCGCGGGAUGCACGCCUCCCAUUAGCGCCGGCCGACAUUAGUUAGAUUAAGUGGAAAGCCAUUUAUAUUAAAAUCAGAAAAAAAAGGAACUUUAGAUCCAAAUUAAGUAAUCUAAUUAUAUCUAUUUAUAAAAUAAAAGAAAUAUGGAGAGAUGCGCCUAGUGCUUUAUGAAACGUAGAUCAUAGAAAUGAAACAAAAAGAUCUAGUCAUAUCUCCUUUUUUUGUUUAAAAACUUUUAUUUUUUCCUAUCGCUUAGCAUAGAUUAGCUUCAAGCACCCUCUCUAUUAUCUAACAUUGCUAAUUUUCUUUAGAUUUCUUCACUGUAAUUAAUUCUUAUUGUUUCUCAAAUCAACUUACACUUUCUGAUUUUUGUGACGAAAUUAAAUGAAAAAUAGUUCUAUGAAACCAGUUCGAUUUAUAAAGUUGAGUACACAUAAUACUAAACCGUAUUUACCUACAUUUUAACGCUAAAUGACAAACGCGUUCAAAAGCGACUUGUAGUUGUAGUUUUUAAUAAGUUAUCCAGAAUAUUGUAUAUUAAAUACUGUAGGUUUAAUUGAAGGAGAUUGUUGUGGCUUAGUACUAAUUGAAGAAAAUGUUAAGAGAACUCCAUAACAGUUCUAAAAUGAUGACGAAAUAGUUUUCGAAUACGUAAUCGAAUGAACAAUGCUUGAAUUUAUAAAGGAAUGUUUAUAAUGAACAAAAGUGAUAUAAAUUGUUAUGUGACUUAGAAAAACACAAUAGUCAAUCACUAAAACAGCAACAGCAUCGUUUUUUUUUGUUUUUUCUUUUUACACUUAGAAAAAAAAAACUACGCCUGUUCUUAUAUACAAUUUAAUUUACAUACAUUCUGCUAAAUAAUACGAGAAUCAUAAAAUAGCAUUAAUGACAGCAAAACAACUUUAUAACAAUUUAAUUUUCAUACAUUCUGCUAUAUAAUGAAGUCAUAAAAUAACGUUAAUGGCAGCAAAACAAGUUUAUAUUGAAAAAAAAAAUAACGCCGUCCUUAUAAUCGUUUGAUCUCUCAACUGUACUCUUAGACAUUUAGUUUUCGCUCGCUUAACAGUGUAAUUAAUAACAGAUAGUUUAAAACUAAACAAAUAUAUACUAUUGUAAUUGAUUUUUUUUGACUUAUUACGAUAUUUUAAGAUAGUGCGUCUUACCACGAACUCUCAAAUCUAUUUGAUUUUAUUGACAAUUGUUUUAGUCUUGGUGUUGUCUUGUGAAAAAUCUCUGUUAAUCUGUUAAAUUACCAACGUGAUACUCGUUAAAUAUGAAAAUUACGAUAAAGUGCCUGCGGCGACAAUACGAGUAAGAUACCGUCAAAUAUAUAUCUAGAUAAUUGUACAAGGUUAUGAACGUGCAAAACAAUUUUAAAGAAUAUGAGACUUCUCUUAAUAUUAGGGAAACAUUUCCUCAUACAUAACUUAGAUUUUGAAACACUCCCUCCUCACUUUACCCUUUAAUUCACUUGUUGUACAUUUAUUUCAUCAUCAGAUCGGUUUCAAAAUUUUCAUUGCUAAACAGAACACUUAUAGAUUGAUUAAUUAUUUUGCUGUGUAAUUUAUGAAUAGAUUUAUAAACACCUCUAAAAGAAUUGAAAAGAUAUAAAGGGCUUAUAGUAAUUGCCUUUAUGUUGAUAUGUACGGCAGCGAAUUUUAGGGUAAUCUAGUCUGCAUUAUCUGUGUGCUUAGUGUGAGUUUUUAAAAUUCUCGAUUGCGUUAAAGCUAACUCAAGUAUGCAAUUGGAACAGCGCCCCUAGCGGCAAAUAAAGGGAAGGAAAAACCUCACACUAAGCACACUGGUCUAUUUUAAAACAGGAAAGAGAUUUUAAGAAGCCUUAUUUUGAGAUUUAAGUGCUCGUGGUAACACCGUGACGGAUAUUAGUUCCAAAAUAUUUAAACUUGUACAUAUACAUCAUAUCUUUAGGAGCUUACUAGCCUUUUAGCCCGGGACCACUCGGGCGGGUGACAGGGUGGCUGCUUUAAUGCUAAGUAAAAUCAUAAUCAAUAACAGUGUUUAGACUGUACACGCUACACAAUAUGAUAUAAUGCCUUAAACAAUCUAUACGGGGCGACUUGUUCGGAUUCAUUUUAUUCUAGAACGUUCCUGAAAUAAGUCCAUCAAAAAACGAAGAAAAUUUAAAUAUUCCUACUUAGUCAUAUAUUAGGAAAUUGGUUAAGUGUAUUUUUAAUUUAUGACGUAAUAUAACGCCUAGUCGCCCGAAAUCUAACGUGAUCUUGACACUAGUAAAUGUGUUAUGUCUUCAACACUGUUCUGGAUAACUUAUAUUCGAAUGUAUAGUAUAAGUAAUGAACAAUUUUAAUAUCUAUUUUAGGUUACUCGGUUUCCCUUUUAAUAAUAAUUCUACUAUUAUAAAUUUAAAAAAAUAAUAACGUAAAUUGUAGUUUUGAAAUUCAUUUUAUAAAAGACCAACUAAUUAAUCUGCUUCUAGUAGCUCGUAGUCAACUUAAUAAUAUUACCUAUUAUGUUAGCAAGACGCAAAAAUGUCUCUCUUAAAUUGAAUAUAUAUCUUUGUGAAACCGAAUAAUCUAAAUUGUGGAACAUAUUAAUAUAGUUUAGCAAAAGUGAUACGCUUGUAACGAUCGUCCAUGAAUCUGUUCUACGUAGUGGCAACACACACUUAUUCAACCUUUUCUUUAUGGUCAUAAGAACCGUGGGUACAAAACAUUUUCGGCUUGUGACGCGACUACACACAUUAUUAUUGAUGUCAAUUAUGGAAAAUAAAAAUAAGACGUUAUAAAAAUUUCAAUUUGAUUUAAAAAAAAAAAAAAAAAUAGUUGUUUUUAUUAUUUGAUUUAGACUUCAUUAUUAUAUUUCAAUGGUUAUUUUAAUAAACGCAACUCCGACGUGAAAAGUCGUUACGAGUCGAUCGCGACAGCGUUUAAUUAUCCUACGUAAAUAUUGUUUUGGAAUCAAUACUACCAGAUUAAUAUAUAAUCGUAUUUAAAUCUACCUGUUUUUUGUCUCGUCUUGUGUUCUAGUGAGUUUAAUAAUAUGUCAAAAUUAAUGUUUUCUAGAAAAUAUCAGAAAACAUCUUAAUAAUGAAUACAUUAACAGAGGCAACGAGUCGCGCCACAUAGCUUAGUUUCAAUUUUAGUACAACUGCGUUACCAUAUUUUAACGAUUAACUAUUUAUCUCCUAGUCAACAUAUUUCUUCCAAUUACGUUCCGCUUUUUUUAAAUUUAAUUUAAGUUUUGUGAAUGCUUUUCUUAACGCAAUAAGCAAAACGUUAUUUGAAUUAUGACAAAGUAACUGCACAAAGCCAAAGGGAUUUGACACCAAAGCAACCCAUAAUUUCUUAAUACCCCUAACUCUUAAACGUUAUAAUUAUUAUUAAGUAUUGAUUUCGCUUGAACUAAUGACAGACAUUGGGAAGUACAAAAUAGAUAGAAAAAUAUAUGUGUAUAUUAAACAUUAAAAAUGGGAAAGGUCACUAUUUUUGGUGAUUGAACUGUUACAUACGGACAUCACGUUCGAUGCUCUAACGUUAGUUCAAUUUAAAAAUAAAUGUUGUAUCAAUGUUAUGUAGAAGGGAACUAAAUAUAGGCGUCAAGGAAUUCGCUGAAAUACUUAUCUAGUUAGAAUCUUCAAUCUACAGGUUCACGACUAAACUACACGUUUUCUUUCUUUGUACGUGUCUUUUCAAUGUCUGUUUAUACUUAAUAAUAUUGAUUUGAUGUUAUUAUGUUAAGAUAAAUAGAUAACUUAACCUAUAUAAUAUAUAGAUAGAAGCAAUUCGAAAAAAAAAAGUUUAUUCUCUUACAUUGUUAUUGUCCAUGAAAAAAUUAUAAAGAGAGAUGUAUGUGUAAUUAACACUUGUGCGUCGCCAUUUGGUUACUGUAAUGAAAUAACGCAUAACGCGUUAUAAUAGCAUAUAGCCGUUAAAAGCGCUAUCAGUGCAGGUGUUAUAAUUAACAUGUUAUUUUUAAUCUCGUGUAUAGAUUGCACUAUAGAAAAGGGCUAUGUUUGUAGAGAUACAUUAAGAAUUACUACAAUAAAUAAAAUUUGCCUACUUUGCAUGUUAUUUAGUUUACAUAAAAUUACAUUUAUAUAAUUAAUUAAAAUAUUAUGUAUAUUGCUGAAAUAUUUCAAAAUUAAAAAAAAAUACUAUUCAAUUAUUUAUAUACACUUAUUAUGUUUAGUAUGCUAGAAAUAUGAUGAAAGAUAAUAAAUAAUUUUAAUUAUAUUA